GACCGUCAUCGCUGGCUGGAAAACAGCCUGAGCGAGGUCUGCAUCCUCAGUGUGACCCGCCUCCGUCGCCGACGGCGGACGCGCGCGGCGCAGUCACGGGAUGGCUGCCGGUCUUGUGCCGGCUGUGUUAGUUGUGGGCGCUGUGCUCGCCGUGCCAGAGGGCUCGGCUGGAGACGGUGUGUACUGCGGCACACCGGGCUGCAUCUACGCUGGAGGAUGCCGCCAGCCCCAUCGAGUGACCUGCGACCUCAGAAAUGUGGGACGACAACACGUCAACAUCACGUUCGACACAUUCCCGACAUCUGUGCGCCAGCUGACGAUCGCCAACGCCGCGUCCGUAAGCCUCCGACACCUCGCCCUGUUCCACCUGCGGCGCCUGGAGCUCCUCCAGCUGCUGGCGAUCGACAAUGUCACCCUAGAGAAGGGCUCCGCGCUGUUGGUCAUGCCGUUGGCCGCGUCGUCACCGCUCACCGUCACCAUUGACACCGUCCGUCAGCUGUCGGUAGCGACGAUAGCCCUAUCUGAUUACAGCAGGUCCGACCACGUCACACUGCGCAACAUCCGUGAGUGUUACAUCGCCGGCGGCGCCUUCCGAGGCAGUUCCAGUCCAGUGCAGAGUGUCACUCUGGAGAACAUUACCUCGCUCACUCUGGAGCCGGGCGCGUUCAACGACAUCACCAGGCUCAGCAUCAGCGAUGUGACCAUAACGCGCUGCAGGCAAGACACGUUUGCGGGUGCCAUGGAUACCGUGAUGCUACACGCCGUGACGGUGCAGCGGGCAGAGCGGGACUGUGUGCGCGCGUACCGCUGGCGCUCGCUCGUCAUCUCCGCCUCUCAGCUGGGAUAUGUCAACAGCGGCGCCCUCAGUGGCCAGAUUGCCGACGCCGUGAUCCUAAACAACACCUUCAUGCGUCGUCUGGACGAGAGGGCGGUCAGCUUCAACGUCACGCGCUUCAUCGCGCUGGACUGCAGUUUCGGGGAGCUCCGCCCGCGGUCGCUUCAGGUCACGGCUUCCAGGUCGGUUCUCCUGCAACGCUGCGCGGUGGGCACACUGCGGCGUAAUGCCUUUCGUCUGCUCCGGCUUAAGGGACAUGAUGCUGAGGGUGUGGCGAUCCAACGGCUCAGGAUUGACCGCGCUGAAUCGGGUGCGCUGAGGUUCGCGGAUUCUCUUCUAGGAGGCGAGCUGAGGAAUGUCAGCGACGCUGACGAAAGCCAGGUAGAUGCUAACAGCAGCAGCAGCGUCAUACUCAGUAGCCUCAACUUCGGCAUUCCGUGUAUGUGUGGAGCAUGGCAGCAAGCAAGUCGCCUGCUACUCUCAAACGAGGACACAGAGCUUAUUCUAAAUUCUGAGGGGGAGCAUCCUCUCACUGAAUCCAUCCUGAACGCGCGCUGCGCCGGACCGGCAGACGCAGGCAAUCCAACACUGGCGGAAUUCGAGCUGCUUCACUGCGGCAGAGCCGCAUCAGCGCGGCGGAGCGCUGGCAACUCCUUGUCACAGUACUACGCGGCCGCGUCGGUGCCUCCGCUACUGCUGCUGCUGCUUGGUGCCCUGGCCGCCCUGCUGUGGAGGCGGCGCGGGUCCGGCCACCCCGCGGCCUCUGACGACGGGGCGAUUCCCGCCGGAGGUGACGCUGUCUCGGCCAGUGCUCCCGUCUCCGUGCGGGACAGCCCCGUCACCUCCCGAGCGCGCACGGGGGGACCCCCGGCGCGGAGCAGAGGUAACAACGUCCCCUCAGAGCCGACGUGGGCAUACAUCAGGCCCAUGUCCGACUUCUCGGAGGGUCUGUAUGCUGUACCUGACGAACUGAACAUCCAGAGAGGAGACGAGUGCUCCAGUGGCAGCAACAAACCCACACCGGAGCUAGGGCCUCCAGUCAUCGUCAAGGAUGCACUGGGGAAAGCGGAAGGGCUCGCACGGGGAGAAGGUGUGGCGGAAAGGACGAAUGCAGCGACUGAAGGCAGAAGUACGCCCACGACCUCCAGGUCUGUGUACGACCGUGUGCACUGGCCGCCCGUGGCCGUGUGCACGUGCAGCGCGAGGUUUUCGGAGUCGACUGGCGAUGAUGGCUCCUCCCUAUAUGCACGUCUGUGCACGUGCAGACCCCGCAGAGUGGUCGCCUUAUGAGCGAGGUGCCCGAGUAUAUUUAUUCUGCCGCUUUGAGUCGUAAGUUCAGUGACGCAAUAGUGUGCCAGCCCAGCUUCAACCAUUCUUCACUGGUUACACCACGUGGAGGCUCGGGUGACUUCAUACUUAUGCCUUGGAUGACCUCAAACAUCUUGUUAACCCCAACACAGUUCGAAUUCUUUAAGGCCAUGGUUUCAAAUGUACAUAUUUUAGUGUGGCAAUUACACCACAAUUUCGUGUAUAUCAAUAAAAGGUACAUCCAAACGC